GUUAUGUUUUUAAAGUGAUAACCCUCACUUCUAGGAUUAAUACACAAAUAAAAAUUGAAAAACAAAAUUUUAUAAACGAUGCGGGACUCGAACCCACGACCGCUGGCGCUCCGUGCAGGUGCCGCCUCGCCAUAAAACUCUGCAUGCUUUGUUCAACUCUCAGGUUAUAUUUAUUCUAUAAAUAUCUUGCCAUUUGUGUUGGUCACUGGUUACUAUGGUGAUAUUUAAGGGAAUUCAAAAUAUUUGCUAUAUCAAAUUAGCUAAUGAAUACUAUCUCAUUUUCAUGACAUCUAUAUUUUAUUUUAACGGAUUAUAAAUAAAGGAUAUUGUGACUUCAUAUGACACUAAAUAAUGUCAGACACUGAAGAUGAGGAAAUUCAAAGUAAAAUAAUUAAAAUCACACUUGUUGGAGAACCGGGAACUGGAAAAACUAGCUUAUGCAACAGAUAUCUGGGUGGAAGUGGCGCCAGUGGCAGUACUCACGGCGCGGAGGUGACAGCCGGCCAGUGUCUUGGGCUUCGUCCUCCAGUUCAGGUGCAGCUUUGCGAUGUGGCAGGCAACACAUUGUCCACUACAAUGUUAGGCAACUAUCUUUACGCCUCUGAUAUUAUUAUAUUUGUGUAUGACCUUACAAAUCUCGCAAGUUUUGAAAAACUCAACGAAUGGGUGGAAAAAGUUGAAGAACUCUACAAAGAUGAGACGGACAAACCGUUAAUGGCAAUGUUUGGUAAUAAAUCUGAUUUGGAACACCAGAGGGCGGUACGGCUGUCUUCUGUUACAGCUUUUGGUGCUGAUCAUUCGCUUGAGAAAUUUAAGGGGUCUGCUCGAACGGGUGAAAUGGUGAACGCGGCAUUCACAACGUUGAUAGCUCGUGUCAUGGGAGCUAAAGUGACAUCUCUAGUAGCUCCUGUCAGUCAGCUUCCCGUCCGAGAAGUGCCAGAGAGAGAGAACCAACCACAAGAAGAGGCCAGCAAACUGAUCAUGAACAGAGCCGCGCUGAGACAAGUUCAAAAGAAGGAAUCUACAUCUGUGUGUGUUGUACACUAGAUAUUAUAAUAUAUUUUGUGAUAUGCGA